AUGGGGCAAGCCGCGGGAACCCCAGGAAAUGCUGGCAUUGGAGGUGUUUGUCGUGAUAACAAUUCAACAUUCAUUUGUGGUUUUUCGGAGGGUAUUGGUUGGAAUUAUGCGCUUGUGGCUGAAGCUCUUGCGGCAAGAAAAGCUUUACUAAUCGCCUUGGAUCUCAACAUCCGGUAUGUGAUUAUUGAAAGCUACAACCUCUUGUUGAUUACUCUUUUGAAUGGGGAAUCUGUGAAUGGUGGAUCAGUCUCGGUUUCGUGGCGCAUUAGCUCUAUCUUGUUUGACUACUUCCAUAUUAUCCCCUUCUUUGUCGAUGUUAAGUUCUUUCAUGUUUUUAGGGAGGCCAAUUUUGUUGCUAACUCUCUCGCCACAUUGGCUGCUGACUCAUCUCUUGCAGUUGUGCAAACUGGAACUCCUGCAAACCUGAGCUUAUCCUACUCCAACUUCCCUAAUUCUUCAUGA